AUGGUGUCUCUGGGACUGAUGUGUGAGAAAGAUAUUGAUGAACUGCGCCUUAAAAUCGAUUCUUUCAUAGCUUCUCCGCUCCAGAGAUCCCUCGACUCUGUACUGGAUCGAGCUAAAGCCACUGCACAAAGCCAAGUGGAACUAGCGAAUAUGAAAGCCAAUCUGAGAGAAGCAGAGGAUGAGCUCGUUAAAGUGUUGGCAGUGAAAACCCGUGAAGAGGCAAAGCAAAUGGGGUUAAGGGACUCCAUUUCCGCAACACAGUCUCGAAUCCAAGUGCUUAGAAGGAUUCUGCAGUUACAGAAUUCCAAGCGGGAAGAGCAUGCCAAAACUAUCUCCCAUAGAUUGCAAGGCUUAGCAGUAUACAAUGACAGUGCUGGUAAGGCCACGGAAGAUAAAUCCCAUGUCAAUGAUGCCAUCUCUUGGUAUAACCAGUCUCUUGGUUUUCACGUUGAAGCUGGGCAUGGAGUUAAGUUUACAUUCACGAACAUUGAUGCAAAAAGCCCUACACGCGAGUUUUCAUUCACACUUCACUAUGGAAAUGACAUCUACACACUAUUGGAUUGCAACUCGCAACUAGAUGACAUUGAUGAGAUGGUUCAAGAUCUGAAUAAAACCAAUGACCUCUUUGGAUUUGUUCGUCUGAUGAGGAAUAAGUUUAAGAAUGCUACCUUUUCUGAGCUGCCAACACAUUCAGAAAAUCUGCCGCAGGAAACUUCCAUCAUAUCUGCUUCAGCUCCAGCUAUGUCAAUUACCACCAAUGACACAAACAUGUUAACUCCAGAGAACAAGGUACCUGAGGUUCAAGUGAAUCGGCGAUACAAAAGAUCUAGCCAUUCCCCACUUCAGUCUCCCGCACCCUCUUCUUCAGUUCGACGUUCUGCUCGCCUUAAGGCUAAGAAAUGA